AUGGGGGGUACCAAGCUCUGCCUAUUGCUGCUGCUGGGCACAUACACACUAGCCCAGCAAGAUGUGGGAAGUGUUGAGGAACAAUCCCCCGUUUGCUUGUUGGCCAAAAGAUUCAAGAACUUCCGGCGGUUUGUGUAUGACUAUGAAGCUGAGACAUUUAACGGCGUGACUGGAGCAACCGACAAGAAGAGUGGACCCAAAGUCUCUUGCAAAGUUGAGGUUGAAGUGCCCCAGACCUGUAGCUUCAUCAUCCGCACAACAGAGUGCUCUCUUAGCGAGAUCUCUGGUGUGGACACAGAAGGAAACCCAGUGUAUCAUCCUGCUGACGAAGCGCAGGCUUUUAAAGCUGCCAUGGCCAAGAACCCCUUGAAGAUCACAGUUGAAGGACAAACUGAUGUCAGACUCUACCCCGAGGAUCAUGAGCCUGUCAACAUCCUGAACAUCAAGAGAGGAAUCGUCUCUGCUCUCAUCGUGCCAGUAAUGGAAGAGGAGAAGAACAACAAAAUGUCCACCGUGCACGGAGUGUGCCCCACUGACUUCAACGUCAACGCCAGAGAGGACAUCGCCACCGAUGUGACUGUCAGCAGGGAUCUUUCCAAAUGUGACUCUUUCUUUGCCCGCAGGCAGGUCACUAGUCCUUUGGCACUCAUCACUGGCAUGAACUACCCUCUGUCCAAGAUGAUUAGCAGCACCCAGACUUGCAACUACAAGUUUGACAACCAAAAGAAGCACAUGACAAGUGGAACCUGCAAAGAGAAACACAUCUUCCUGCCCCUCUCCCACCAGAACGAAUAUGGAAUUUCUACUCUGGUGAAGCAGACUGUGACUUUGAGAGAGACCGCCAAGAUCAAUGACAGAAUCUUUGACCGCAAUGAGAACAACCUCAAGUCCUUGGCCAUGGAUGUUGCUGACGAAAAGUCCCCUGUGCAGACCAAGGAUGCUACCAUUGCCACCAUGCAGCAGCUGAACACCCUGUCACAGACCACUCAGGGCGAGGAGCGUGCCAGCCUCUUUCACAAACUGGUGUCUGAGCUGCGUGGCCUGAAGGUUGAUGUCCUGGGAUCUGCUACUGUUGAGAUGAUGGACAUGUCCCAGUCCCUGACAUGGCAAGCUCUGGCUCAGUGCGGCACCCCAGAGUGCACCAGCGCAAUGCUGAAGAUUCUCAGGACCUUUGACGAUGCUAAUCUGGAGGUAGAUGCUGCUGUCUACGCCCUGGGACUGCUGCCUAACCCCUCCCGCCUCAUGGUAAAGGAUAUGCUGGCAAUGGCUCAGUACAAGCAGAGCAAACCCAUCAUGUAUGCCCUGAGCAAUGCAGUCAGGAAACUGUAUCAGGCUGAGGGUGUCACCCCCGAGAUCACUGCUGUCUCUGAGUACAUGACUUCCAUCCUGGGUGCAGAUUGUGCUGGGGAGAAAGAUCUGACCUUCCUGACAUUGAGGGUUGUAGGUAACAUGGGAGAUGCAAUGGAGGCUGCUGACGCUGCAAUAAAGACCACCCUGGUGAAGUGCAUGAGACAGCCUGCAACCACACUGUCUGUGCAGCUGGCUGCCAUCCAGGCUUUCAGACGCAUGUCUGCGACAGAUGAGGUUCGAGCUAACCUCCAGAGAGUGUGCCAAUACCCCAAGGGUGCUGUGCAGAAGCGCCUGGCAGCUUACCUGAUUCUGAUGAGAAAUCCCCUGGACAGUGACAUUGAGAUGGUGAAAAAGUUGCUUAAGCAGGAGCAGAACGUGCAGAUCAAGGCCUUUGUGACCUCCCACGUCUACAAUAUAAUUUCCUCCACUGAUUCAGAGACCCAGAAGCUCGGUCAGAGGAUAAGUGCUGCCCUGCAGGACACUGACGUCAGUGUUGCCACACACAGCGACUACACCGAGAAGUCCCGCAACUACAAGCUUGGCAUGGCACAUGAGAGCAUGCAGGGUGCCAUUCAGGGCAACAUUGUCUUUGAUCCCAGUAGCCAGUUGCCUAGGGAGAUGAUGCUGGAAACUACCCUAAAAGCUUUUGGUUUUAACAUGGAUCUUUGGGAGAUUGGCAUGGAAGGAAGGGGCUUCGAGCCAACCAUUGAUGCUUUGUUUGGAAAAACCGGGUUCUUCCCUGACACUUUGUGCAAGACUCUGUACUGGACAUUAGACAAAAUACCACCAAAGAUGAAAGAAGAACUGGAGAAAUUGGUUUCUCCCCUGGACACAGAAGGACAAAAGGUUCCCGAAAAUCUUGUACGAGAAAUUGUUCGCAACUUCAACAAGCUGGUAAAGGAUCUGCAGAGUCAAGAUUCCCCAGAGGCCACGGCCUACCUGAAGAUCAUGGGAGCUGAGCUUGGCUACAUCAAGGGAAACGAACUGAAGUCCCUUGUUGAUAACGCAAAGAUGUAUGCAGAAUUUUUCAUGAGGACUAUUCCAACCCAGGUUGUGGCUAAACUGUUGUCCAGGACUGACAAUGAAAUCUUUGCCCAUUACAUCUUCAUGGACAACAAAUUCAUCAUGCCAACAGCAUCUGGCUUGCCUCUGACAUUUGCUCUGUCUGGCACCUUCACUCCUGGAGCAAAGGGAGGCCUUCGCAUUACUCCAAACAUGAAUGAGCUGCUGUUCGCACCCUCUAUUGGAGUUGAGUUUGUGACUCAGAUGGGAGUCCAUGUCCCUGAAUUUGUUGAGUCCGCUGUUGAGAUGCACACCAACCUGUACCAUGAGAGUACGCUCAAUGCCAAGAUCACCAUGGAACAGAACCAGGUCAAGCUGUCCAUCCCCACCCCACAGGGCACCACAAAGCUCUUGAGCAUCAGCAAUAAAGUGCUGAUUGUGGGUGCUGGUCAGGCUGCUGUGAUCCCACACACAGAAGGUGACACAGACUGCAGAACGCUCUUCUCUGGAGUCAGAUACUGCACCAAAACACUCCGUGCAAGCACUGGUGAUAAGACUACUGUUCCUUACUUCCCCCUGAAUGGAGAGUCUAAGUUCAACUUGGACAUUGCGCCUUCUACAGAAGUCUCUGAGUACACAGCCACCAUUGCCUACAAACUUCUCAGCGAAGGAAAGGACGGCCGCCAGAAGAUUGAUUCAUUGCAGUUGGCCCUGAGAGCUGAGGGUGCUCAGCCCACCGAGGCUACAGCCACCAUGAAGUACAACAGGAACAGGAAUGUCUUUACCACACAAAUCCAGGUACCUGACUUUGAUGUUGAGGCCGGCAUUAAGGUUGGUUUGACCGACAGCAGUGCCAAAGGCAAAUCAAUUAUCCUUGAGAUCUCCAACAAGAACGUGCCCCAGCUCUCUCUGAUUGGCAAUGCCAAGCUUCAAGCCAUGACUAAUGGCAUGAUGCAGGUUCAGCUGUUGGUCCCCUCACUCAAGACUGAUGCAGCCAUCACUGCUACAAUGAACAAUGCUGAUGGACUCACCUUGGAGAUUAAAAGUGAUGUCAAGCUCCCAGAGACCUCCUCCAUUCAGGCAAUUACAUUCAAAUAUGGGGAAGACCAGGCUGAGGUUCAUCUGAUGUCCAACAUGAAUGCUGAUACUAAGAUCCUGGUGCCUUACACUGAAGCCCUACAGGCCUGGCUCAAGCAGUUUGCGGAGGAUAUCGUGGACCAGCAGGUUGUCAAGACUGACAUGAAACUGCGUCAUAUCUUCAACAAGGCAGUUGAGGCCAGUGAUAUCUGGAUGGACAAGAUCUCAGCUGAUAUUCCCUAUGUUGAGACUUUGAGGAGUGGAAUUGCAAGUGUUGAAAUGCCCUCUAUGCCUGAAAACCUAUUCAUGAACUUUGAUAGCACAUUUAGGUACCAGUUCAAUAAGGACCGUUUGGCCAUCACUGUCCCUGUGCCUCUUGGAGGCAAAUCAUCUAAGGAGCUAAUGAUAUCUUCAUUCAACACCCCACACAUCUCAAUGCCUCAGCUGGGCAUGGAGUUUGCCUCAAAGGAGAUCCAAAUUGAUUUCAUCAUCCCUUCUGAAUAUGAUCUCACUCUGCCUCUGAUUGGAAUGGUGGAAGCAUCUGCCAAGGUGAACAGCAACUAUUACAACUGGGAGGCAACUGUGUCCGCUGGUAACAACACUGCAGAGUCUCCUAGCUACUUGGCCAAGUUCAACGUCAUGGCUGACAGCCCAAUUAAACUUCUGUCCUUUUCAACUGAGGGAGCUACAAAAAUCACUGACACACCAGAGAAGACUAUGAAACUGAACAUUGAUGGUUCCCUGGACCACAUGCUCUUUAACACAGGUUUUAAUGUGCUGGAAACCAUUGCUGUCACAGACAAAGUAAUGUCAACAGGAAGUUACAACAUCCAUGCCAGAGCCCCUGUUGGUCUGGAGACUUCUCUGACAAUUACCACCCAGGUCACCCUAGAUUCAAACAUGCUCUCUGGAGAUAUCAACACAGACGGAAGUGUGUCGGUUGGACCCAUGACUGCUAGCACUACUUAUCUACACACCUUCUCUAUUGAGCCAGCAAAGAAAGAAGCUAAACUGGAGAGUACAUUGAGGGUUAACUCUGAAAUCCUUAAGGUUUCAAACAAGAUCACGGCAUCAUAUGCAAAGGAAGAACUUUUGAUUGAGUCAAACACAAACAUCAACACUGACCCCAUCAAGCACACCACCAAAAUAAACUUUAGCUACAAAGAUGUCAAGCUUAAUGUCCAGUCUGACUCUGUGACCAAGGCUAAUGUGAGAAUGAUUCGUAGCCAGAUGGAGUUUUCUGCCUCUGAAGGACAGGCCAGCCUCAGGAUAGAGAAUCAAGCUGAUGACACAGUGAACCGUGCCUACUCUUUGCUCACUGGGUCAAUGAACCCUUCCGGCUUGGAGAUAAAUGCUGAUGCCUCCUUGAAUGUCUUCUCAAGCCUUGCCUCUCACAAGGCAACCUUAGCCCUGACCAUGAAUGGCCUGACUACUAGCUGUACAACAACUGCUCAACACAGCCCAAUGACCUUCGAGAAUGUUUUCCACGGUGGAGUUGACAACUCUGGUGCGACCAUGUCUCUCACAACUAAGGCAGGCAUUAAAGAGAACAAGGCUGAGCUCAAUGUUGAUGGGAAGAUUGCAAGCACAGAAGUGUAUCUCAAUGGCAUCCUUGAGGGCAACCUCUUUGACAUCAACACCAGAAACAGAGUGAACCUCAGACUGAAUGAAGAUGGCUUGAUCCUCUCCAACAACAUAGUUGGAUCUCUCAAGGAGAUGAGAACUGAAAACACCCACUCACUGUCUCUUACGUUGAGGUCUUUCACCCUUAACUCCAAGACUGACAAUUUCCUUGACGAAAGGAACUCCUACAUGCAUGACAUCACUGUUAACAUGGAGCGUUUUAUUGCCUCGGUUAUUGUGAAAAAUGACCUGAAGAUCAUGGAGAUUAACUUUGUGAAUGAUGCCCACUUCAAGGUAGAGCCCUACAAUAUGGAGCUGACUGGAACAAUGAUGGGAGUCUUCUCAGAAGAAGAGCUAAAACACACGUAUGAAGUCAAGUUUGUUGACAUGGUCCUCUCUGCAAAGUGCAAUACCAAUGGUAAACUCCUGGGAUCUCAAAUGACACAUACCACUGAUAUGGAGGUAGCUGGUCUGACCAUGAAAUUCAACAAUGUGGCUAACUUCAAUUCACCUGUUCUUCGUAUGGACAGUACAGUCAAAACUGUUGCUGCACCCUUCACUCUGAACAUUGAUGCCAUUUUCAACUCCAAUGGUGGAGUGUAUCUGUAUGGUGAGCACAGUGGUGAACUAUACAGCAAAUUCCUCCUGAAGGCAGAACCCCUUCUAUUCACACAGUCUUUUGAGUACAGAGCCUCAACCACCCAUCAACUGAAAACUACUAUCAUCACUAAUAUGGACAACAAGUUCAACAGCAUGCUGAGCCUCCAAGAGCAAAGUGUCACACUGAAGAUGGCAUCCACAGUAAACGAGCACACUUUUGAUCAAGAAAUGAGUGCCUUUAACAAUGCAGAGAGAAUGGGUAUUGAAAUGUCAGGAGCUGUUUCAACUGCCCUCUUCAGUGAUGCCAAUCAAGAUUACGCCAUCUCUGGAUUUGUGAAAUAUGACAAGAACAGUGAAAGCCACUUCAUCCAGAUCCCAUUCAUUGAGCAUCUGCCUGCAGUUAUUGAAAACGCAAAGAUCAAAAUGAUGAGAAUGAUGGACCACAGCAUUGAGAUGCUGAGAGACUUCAACACUGAGUAUGAGAUCAGUGCCAAGAUUCAGAACAAAGUGGCCGAACUGAAAGAGGUCAUUGACAACUUUGACUUCACACUCUUUGUCCAAGACUUGAGAAAGUUUCUUAACUCAAUAGAAAAUGCCAUGACCAACUUGACAGCCAAGUUUCCAACUGACAAAGUCAUGAAUGUGCUAAAAUCAACGAAGGAUGCUAUCGUGGCUUGGAUCAGGAAGCAUAACAUUGCUAACAACUUUGAUGUAAUUUAUGCCAAAAUAGAAGAGAUCCUCUCCAGCUAUGAGGUUGAGAAGAUGAUUGGAGCCAUCAUGGAUGAGGUUGUUAAAAUUAUGAAGCAGUAUCAGGUGAGAGAAAAGAUGCAGUCUGCAAUUGCUGCUCUCAAGUCAGUUGACAUCCAGCCUUUGCUCAGAAGAGUUAUGGCACCUGUUCAGGAGCUUGUGAAUGAACUGUAUUCCUUUAACUUUAAACAGCUGAUUGAUGACAUGAGUGACUAUUUCAUCAGGAUGGUCCAAAAACUCAAAAAUAUUGAUUAUGACACAUUCACUAUGGAGUUGAAAAAUAAAGUUGCAGAUAUAACCAUGAUUCCGUGUUUUGGGAAACUCUACGGAGAGUUCAGAGUCACCUCCCCUCAUUUGAAACUCAGGACCACUGCUGACCUUGAAAACACCACCACUACAUCAGUCACACCAGAGUUCAAAAUCAACCUAAACUCACAGACUACAUCUACUUUGAAAUACCUUAACCUCAAUGUGGAUGCCAGUGCCCAUUUUGCUGCACCCAAGAUGAGUCGCCUGUCCAUCUCUGAGAAUGUUAAAGUUGACCAGUCAUGUUUCACACUUGACCACAAGGGAACAAUGACUCUAUAUGGGCUGUCCGCUCAAGCUUCCUCUGAAACUACUGCAAAUGCCAACACUGAGCUCUAUGUUGCCGAGCUUGUCAACAAUGCAGUAUUUGCCUUUGAAAAUGGAAUUUCUGCCACUGUGGAGACUGGCUACAAACAUGACCUCAACAUGCCAUUCCUCAACAUCUUCACUGAAGCAUCAAUGAAUCAAAAGAAUUUCCUCCAGAUUGAGGCUGGUACUGCCCGUUUUACCAUUAACAAUCUGGCCAAUAACAAAUAUGCAGUGCAGGACCUCUCAGAUGAGUUAACCCACAAGAGUGACAUGGAGCUGGUCAUGGAUCUCCACACAGCCAAAGUAACUUUCACUGGAGCAACAGGCAGCAACCACCUCAAAUCAAAUCAAACUGUGGAUGCCGAAAUCUGCAUUUUCCGCCACAUAAUUAUUAAUGCAAAGUUUGAGACAGAAACACCUUUCAUGAAGAGCAGCAUUGCAAAUGUCAAAUUCCAGGCUAAUGCUGGAGACAUGAAAAUUGAUUUCACUGCUUCUCAUAGUGCUGAGCUAGCUGGACAGGUUGAGGGAACUCUCUCAAACUCUGCGCUUGCUUUGGUCACACCUACUGAGCUUAUGUUUGACACCAAGAACAAGGGGAAUGCCAAGGUUACCCUUCCAUUUAAGCUGUCUGGAAAGAUGGAUUUCCAGAAUGACAUCUCUUUGACCCUGAACUCUGAAGUGCAGCAGGCUAGCUGGACAGGUCGGGCUAGAUUUAACCAGCACAAAUACAGCCAUUACUUCACCGUGGAUAAUGGUGACAGAGAAAUUAACAUAUUUUCCCAGAUCAACGGAGUGGCAAAUCUGGAUGUGCUCAAGGAGCCUAUCACCAUUUCUGAAAUAACUGUGCCAUUUGUUGGUAUGUGGAGAGGAGUGAAAGACUACUCUUUGUGGGAAGACACUGGCUUGAGCUACUUCCUGACAACAACUCAGCAAACAUUUGACAUGAACUCCAAGCUGAAGUACAUGAAGAGCCCUGAGAUGAUCACCUUUGACAUUAAUGUGGAUCCAGUGAUCAAUUACAUUAACAACAAUGUUGAGACUCUGCACAAGAAAGUGCUCAUCGGCAAGGAUAAGACUGCUGCCAUUCUGGCUACAUCUUAUGACCAAGCAAAGGAAAAGUAUGAAAAGUAUAGCAUUGGGUUUCCCAAAACAGUUACAGUCCCUGCCUACAAAGUUCCAGUGAUGAAUGUUGAGAUUUCCACAUUCACCAUUCCCCUGCCCGACGUUAGUUUCAUCACAAUGCCUACUCUGCAUGUUCCAUCUGCCCUCAGUAAGCUGACCCUUCCAAAAAUCACUCUGCCCAAAAUUCAGAGAAUCAGGAUCCCAGUAAUGGGGGAUAUGACCUAUGAGUUCUCCAUGCAAACCGCAAUGGUCACGUUCAAAACUGAUGCCAGCAUCCUUAACCAGGACAGCAUUCUCCUCACACUCGAUGCUUCCUCAACCUCUGAAUUUGAGGUUCUGAACGGAAAGAUUGAGGGCAAAACCAAUGUGAACACAGUUGGCGGAUUUAAAAUGGCUUCUGUCCUGUCUGUAAAACAUUCUAUGUUUGAUGGAAACCAUGACAGCACCAUCACCUUAAGCUAUGAAAAUGUGGAUACCACCAUCACCAAUUCAGCAAAGGUCAGUCUACCUGUCCUGAAUUUGGAAAUCUAUCAGGAGAUUACUGGAAAUCCAGAGGAAGGCCUUGUCUUCUCUAUGUCCAAUCCAUCUGCAGGACUCAUUGCACUUCAAAUGCAGACUAACCGCCCAGCACAAGUGAAAGCUAGACUCUAUGGUCGCUACCCGUCUGAGCCAACAACCGACAUUGAUAUCUUGGGUCUGAAGAUGUCUGUGAUCAACUCUAAGAAGCUGAACCUUCAGACAACCUGGAACAUGGAGAUGCCAUAUGAGAUGAUGCUUGGCCUGAAGAAACAGGUGCCCACUGUCAUAGAAAUGGUGUCUGAUCCUGCUGUCAGGACAUAUAACACACUCUACAGAUUUGCUAGAAGCCUCUCUUUUGAGCAGGCAAUUGAGCAGGGUAAAAUGGUGUUCAGGUGGGGUUUUGACAACAUUGUAGCAGUAAUUCAUACGAUUGAGACAACUGUCCCAGAGAAGACCAUUUUUAUCCUAAGAGUGUACCAAAAAAGAGUUGAAAUUGUCCUUAAAUUCCUGAAAGAAACCAAGUUCCAGAUCCCUGGGUAUGAACAGAGGCUGUCUGGACUUGAGGUCUACCAGAAGUGUAGUGCUUUUGUUGCGGACGUAUCUGAGGAGGCUGUUCAAAAGGUUCCAGAGUACUUUGCCUCCAUGUUUAGAGCAGUCCUUGAUUAUUUCCAAGCCAUUGAAUUCACCCUUCCUGGCUCUAACCACGUUGUCAGAGGAAGAGAAAUUCUUGAUGACUUGUUUGUAGCUUUGAUGAAAAUUCAGGACCAAUUGAUUGCCACUAUUAGGAAACUGGGGGAAAUCCAGCUGGAAGAUAUCCUGAACAAAUUCUCUGCAUUUUUGCAGUUUACCGCUGAACAAAGUGAGAAGUUUUUCCAAACUCUUAAAUCUGAGAAUGUAAUGAAGCUCUCUACUUUUGUGAGUGAUGUAUGCAAUGAUGCCAUCAACUCUCGUGUCCUAGCUGAUGUUACCAGGCAGGUUGAAGAGGUCCAGAAAAUUGUUGUAGAAUAUCUAAACGCUGUGAGAGCUAAAAUCCAGAUUAUUUUGGCUGACAUGUCUUUUGAACAGCUUCAAGCUGACAUCCAGUCUUGGAUUGAUUUAUUGGUAAAACGUAUAAAUGCUUUCCACAACAAUAUCAUUAAGACACUUAAGGAGAAAAGCAAAAAUGUUGAACCCUUUGUGAGAGUAGGUGACCGACAGAUGGAGAUUGACAUUCCUUUACCAUUUGCUGCCAAAUUCAACUAACUGACAGUGGCUGAUAUACUACAGUGUUUAAAUUGAUUGUAUAUGUAACCAUGAUGCUUGUCUCUCUACUCUGUUAUUCAAAUAUUAAUUUUGUUUGUUAUUUCACAAUAGACUCCCAGUUGUUCAGGUCCUACCGUGCCACCAUUAUGUCUUGUACUAUUUAAAAUAAAACGUGGCCUUCAAUAAAGACAGUUUGUACAGCAUACUGUA